UUUCCCAAAAGCGUGUGUACGUGUGUGUUUCAAAAACGUAAACACAUGUUCUCUGACCGCCCGACCAUAAGCAAAAAAGCAAGUGUUUUGUGAUCACCUAUUAUUUUUUUCUUUGAGUAAUCUCUCAAAAAGCGUUAGCUAGCCAAACAGAAUCUAAGAAUAUGGCAGCCUCUGUGGCACCCACAACCACAAGGACGCCAAAAACAUCCGCUGCUGAAUCUAACGCCGUCACCAAUGAAACAGAAGCCUCGGAAAUAAUUCACGGCAAAAACAACGAUAACCGGGAAAUCAGUAACAACGCCCAAAAGACCACUCUCAAUUCUCAGGAAUUAUGUCGCAGUUGUGGCAAAUCAAGUGAAGAUUUAUAUGAUCUCUAUCAUCAGCAGCAACAGCAACAACAACCGAGCACAAUGGCUUCAAACGAAACAAAGACUGACGACGUUACGCCAUUUACCACAUCAUCAACCACCUGUUAUGCCGGCAAGUUAACGUCAAACACUAGCUCGGCUCAUCAUCAUCAUCAUAAUUCUACCAACAAUUCCUGCCUACCAACAUCCACAUCAAUAUCCUCCAGCGUUGCCGCCACCAUGACAUUUGAUAGUGUGGCGGCGACCGCAAAAGCCACGGCAAAGGGUCAAAGCAAUAUGGAGAAUAUUUUACAGGAAAUGCAAAUUUGGCAUUUGCAGAUUAAAUACAAUGAUGGCCUACCGCAACGUAUCUGUGCCAAGUGUAUUGCCCAGUUUUAUAUGAUACACAAGUUUCGACGGAAAUGUUUGAAGGUGCAAAGUCAGCUGCGGAGUUUGUUUGAAGAGCCACAGCUGAGGGCAAAUAAAGUAAAACAAUCAACAGCAGAAACUACACCGAAGGCUGAUGAUUUGCCGGAAAGCAGCAGAGAAGCUAGUAAAGAGGAAAACUGUGAUGUUAUUUUUGUAAAUGACGAGGAGCCUUUGCCAUCUAAAAAAGAUUCUCAAAUGGUUUCAAAGCAAAAAGAUUCCAUAGUUUCUUCAGCCGGCAUUGAGAGCAAAGGAGAGACUAAAACUACCCCGCCAAUUUCAAAUCUCAUUAAAGAAUCGAAUGUCCCACCAAAAGUCAAUGAGCCCGCAAUUGAGAUUAUAGAUCAAACCACAGAAACGGCAAAGGAAACGGAAACCAAGGCAACUACUGCAACGGAAGAAUCAACCACAGCUGUUGCCAUGACUGAAAGACCAAAUGCCAGCCACACAAAAUCCACAGAACUUGAAAACGCCAAUGAAACUCCUGCUCAGUGUCGAACAAAUGAGAGUAGCGGAAGUUGUAGCUCAGAUGAGAGGUCAGAGAGCAUUGGAAUAUUUGCCAAAGAAACAAUCGCCACCAAGUUAAGUACAAACGAAGACACCGGGUUAAACCACAAAACAAGUGGAAGAAGAAGUAGAAGAACAAACAGAAAGGAGCUACAGAAGCCUUGCAAAAGUAAAGAGGAAUCCGCGGUGUCAUUAUUAACCAAAGCUGCAUUGAAAUCUUAUUCCACCGCAACUAAGAGAUCAGCCAAUGAAAAUCACACUCAUCAUCGGGCAAAACAAAUGUUGGCAAAUGCCUUAAACAAAACUCUUAAAAAUGACAACAAUAACAACAACAAAGAAAUAGAGGAACAUAACAUAAGUGAGGACCAUGAAGAUUCUGAAAAUGAAAAUAACUCAAGACUUGACGAGGCAACGGAAAAUACCAUUUGUACAAGAUCUCGUUUAAAAUCCAAGAGACUGUCGCGUUUGCCGGCGGAAGAGAGUGCAAAAUGUGACAGAACUCUGCGGGGGCAAAGCCAAAGAUCUGCUGAAAUAAUGUCCAGAUUACGGCAAAAAUACUGCACACUAAAGGAGAACAAACGACGUCGGGUGCUGGGUGAAAAAUCGACUAGCAUCGGAAGUGCCUUAGAUAGCGCGAAAAAUUCUCAAAACACCUCCGAAAGUUACGCUGAGCAAAGAAAAUCGCAAAAAUGGAAUAUUUGCAAAGAAACGGAAAAUGGCGCCCAACGUGAAAAUAUUAAAAACCUGGAAAUAAAAAAUCCCCCUGAGCAAAAAUCAUUGAAGAAAAUUGGAAUCCGAAGAAAAUCUGAAAAUGGCGCCCAACAUGUGGUCACAAAAUUGCCAAAACUGGAAAAUGUUAAAAUGUCCCCCCAAAAAACCAAAACAGAGUCGCCUGAAAAGCCCAGGGAAAAUAUAUUUACCUUGGCCUCCAGCCAUUUUCCACGUUCCAUUGUGGCCCCCACAACAUCUGCAUCCUCCUCGUUUGCUUUGAAGAAAAAUCUCCUGCGAAUUUUCCCAAAUGAAAACUGCAAUGCCAAUGACAUGAAAUGGAGACGCAGACGAUCCCAAAGAUCAUCUUCCACGUCAUCUACAUCGUCGCUGACAUCAUCUUCAUCGGCCCUAACCUCAUCUUCCUCAUCCGAUGAGGAUGAUGACGAUGAUGAAGUUUACUAUGAAGCCGCUAACACAUCAUAUUGUCCCCUGCAAAAUCUUACAUCCUUUGAGGGUAUAAAUCUCUGGAAAACCAAAGCAGAAAUGAAAGAUAACUCCAAUGAUGUGAGCGAUGUUUUUGAAGUCAAGGCAAGGCCAGUUUUGCUCUCACCAAGCCAUACCAUUGAAGAUUCUACCAUCAGCAGCAGUAGCUUAGUUUCAAGUCUCCACAAGGAAGAUGGGGAGGAGGAGGAGGAUAAGGAAGUGAUAAGUGUUAGGAACUCUCCCGAGGAAGUGGAGAGUGACACCAGAUCAACAGAUCAAGAGGAAUCUGUCUCCAAGGAGGACAUCAUGGAUCAAGGACAUGUAAAUGAAGAGUCCUCUUGUAAUGAAAUUAGUUCGGAUUCCAAUACCCAAAGCACGGAAGCUGAAAGUGAAACUAGCAGUAGCUGUAAGGAAUUUAACAAGGUACGGGAUGAGGAGAACGCUGAACUGUUGGCCAGCAAACAGAAGCCAACAAUAGCAACUAACGCAGAUGAGGCCACAACCACUUUAACGCCUUCGGCUGGGCAUAACAACAACAUCGACGACAACAAGGAGAGCAGCAUAGCCCAAGAUAAUCGCAACGGUCGUGGUAUGAAAUUAAUUUUACAACGACGCAGCAGUACACGCUUUGCCUGUCUACGCUCAGAGGAUAUUUCAGAUGAAGAAGCAGAAGAAAAAGGUGAAAAAGAAUCGGAUCAAGAGCGUAAAAGAAAACUGGAAGAUAACACCUCCAAACAAGCUAUGCAAGGGGAACAACCACAAACUUAUAAGCGUUGCAAGCUUGUUGACGAUCAGCAUACCAAUGAAAUGGAAAGUGAAGAGCCUAACGAGACUGACAAAAGGGAAACCACAUGCCCAAGCAUGGCCAUGGAAAAUCAGCACAAGGAAGACCAGAAAUUUAUGGCCUCAAAUGCAGGAGAUCUAUCUGAGAUGGAAGAUGUGGACAAGAAAACAUGCGGACAGGAAAAGGAAAUAAAUUGUGAAGGACUAGGGAUCAUGGAACAAAAACUGGUGGUGCGUGUCCCUUUGGCUUCCUUGACACAUGAAUUUAAACGACUGCACUUAACCAAAGAUAAGGACAAAAGGGAGAUUCAAAAUGUGCUGCAUGAGGAAAGUGAGGGAGAGAAUAAGGAAAAUGCAGAGGAGAGUUCGAAAAGUCAAUUCCAAGAGAAAGAGAGUGGCUUGGAAACAAUUGCAGCGGGACAAGAGAUAUUAAAGGCUCGCGUUGGAGUAGAGUCACAACCAAGUGGUCAAGCCAUGGAAAAAGAGAGAAAUUUGGAAUCGAGAGAUUCGCAAAAGGAACUUUACAAAAUUGAGAGCCCAGCUGAAGAGAGAGACGUAUCAAUGGCGGAGAGUACAAGCGAUAACAAUAAAUUGAGCAAGAGAGCUCCAGAUAUGGAAAUAAAAAUCCCUAGCACUCAAUUAGAGAAGAGAGAUUCGGAGAUGGAAACCACCAAAACCACUGACAAACAAUCAGAGAAGAGAGAUUUGGAGAUGAAAACCACCAAAACCACUGGCAAACAAUCGGAGAAGAGAGAUUCGGAGAUGGAAACAGCAUUUCAAGGCACUCAAUUUGGCGACGAGGUCCCAUUUACGUUGGGCGCCACCUAUACAUGUGAGGAUAAUUUAAAGAAGAAAUAUCUGCAUCUAACUCCUAAUUCCUCACAUCCAAAUAAACCCAUCGAAGAAGCCCAAGGUGAAAUGGAAAUAUCCAAUAUGUCCAAUGAGGAAAUUGAGAAAAUCCCAAUGGAAAAGGAGGAGAUUUCCGUCAGAGAUUCAGGAGCAAGUCAAAAGUCAGCAAUUUAUUCCAACCCUGAUGAUAAUAAUAUCGAAGUUCAUGUUAAUGUUUCUGCAAUGGGUUCUGGAACCCAAAACGCUGAAAUUCACCCUGAGAUAGUGCCUCAAAUGUCCCACAAUGAAAAGGAGGAUGAGAGCAAACGCAUGGAAAAUACCCAGCAAGAGGUAGUCCCUCAGAAUGAAAACCACGACAAUUUAUGCCAGCCUCAGAUGAUGGCAGGGCAAGAAACUCCAAAUCCCAGCCAUCAACAAAAAUCCGAUGAACAUACCACAACUGCCUUGGCGCCCAACGAGCACCUCGCAUACAUGCCCACAAAUCCCUCCAAUGAAACCCCAGUACCUGAACCGCUAAAUGACUCAGCCAAUGAUACACUGGAUAUUAGUGCCCUACAUCCGGAUAUUUUAGAAUUAGUCAAAGAAUCGGAGGUUGUGACGGGUGUCGAUGCCAACCCAGAACAAUUCUGUGCUGCCUCAUCGAAAAUAAACGAUUUCAUUAAUGAUUUUCAAACAAAUUGUAUAAAUUCUCCAGAUUCUGAAUCCAAUCUGAAUGGGGAAGGUCCCGCCACAGCCUCGUUAGCCAUUUCCCAUCAUCACCUGAAUCUAAGUGCCGAAAUACGUGAUGUAGAGAAUACCCUUAAUGGUAUACUAAGUGAAAUGCAUGAGCGGGAUAUGAAUACUCCCAGAUCGGGGGGAGAGAAUGAAGAUUAUUUGCCACCUCAUGCCACGCUCUAUUCUCCCAUGAAUGAUGCUGCCACAACGCCAUCCCAAAGUUUGUAUGGCGAAAGUCCUCAGACUGUAAAUGGUAAUCCCUCGCUGAUGCUAAGUCCCUACAUGUCGUCACAGAUGGAUUACAAUGCCCUGACCCCACAAAGUAAUCACAGCAGUACCAUGAGCAGUGGACCCGGCAGCAAUAUGUCUGUCAAUAGCCAUGGCAGUGCUGGUAGUACAGCCACCGAUCAGUAUCCCUCAUACACGGAUUGUUUUACCGAGGAAAGCAAUAGCCAAUCGGAAUUGAUAGGUUUUCAGAAUAAUAUACCCUGUUUUGAAAGUAUCCCAGGGGAAAUGAAUCAACAUCCCGCUGCAGAAGGCUUACCCGAUAAACAACAAUUUACCAACAAAGAUCUUUUGGAUUCCUUGGAUAGGAAUUUGGCGGAAUUUGCAGCCGAACAUUUGGAGCCAACCAUUAAUACAACAGCGUCUUCGGCCUUACCGAAUUUGGAUGCCCUACCUAAUUUGGAUGUGGAGGGUAGUGUGGAACAAUCUUCCAUGGCUAUGGAGAUAAGUACGGCCGAUUCCAUGCCUCAAGAAGUCCAAUAUGUUGUUAAUGGUGAGGCAUCCACCGCCACCACUGCCCCCAACCAGGGCCAAUAUCUGGUGGAGGACAUGAACUCCAAUGAAGGCAAUCAACUGCAAUAUGCAAACCCGCAAGAAGCUAAUCAGGAACCUUACGGCCACCCAGACAUGCAGCAAAUCCAAUAUGUCUCGGAGGAGGUCACCACAGUGAAUUCUGAACCACAAGAAAUCCAUUACGAAACUGUGGACUUAACCACCCUGCAAACGGAGCAAGUUGCGGCGGCAGAGGAUACCCAACAGCAAUACAACUCAACGCCUCAGGAUGAAACACAAAUUGCCCAGCCUCAAUUUGUCUUGGCCAAUACACCGCAUGGUCCGAUAUUCAUAAGUACGCCCCAUCAAGAAGCAGCCGCCAACAACAACAGCAGCCAAGCUAUACAGUAUGUUACACUCGAUAACAACAACACAAAUUGGUCUCAAGCUACAGCAACGCAAACUGCCUCGGCGACCCCUACGGCCACCUAUUAUGUUAAUGCCUCAGGAGAGCUUUAUCUCAGCAAUCCCACCUUCAAUGCCUUGGUUGUUACACCACAACCAACCAGUCAAUCUCCAGCCCUGGAAACCAAUGAGCCACAAGAACAAAUCUAUGCCGAACCACAACAACAAACGCUACAUCGGGAGCCGGACAAUUCCAAAUCCCAGUAUGUUAUGCUGGUAAAUACUGGAGGACAACAAUUCCUGCAAAACCAUAAUGGCAGCUCCAGCACACCGCCGACGGCAUUGAUUUUGCAACACCAUCCCAGUAAUCGCAUACCCAAUCAGGGUCAAAAUCACAACAACUAUGUCAGCAACCCAACAAAUCAACAAGAAUUGCCACAUCAAACGUCCUCUGGCAUGACCACAUUUUCCAUACCUACCUCAAUACCGGGACAACAUGCCACCGUUAGCAUUCCCACCGAGCCAAUUGAACAGCAGCAGCAGCCGCAACAACCGACACCACCACCGCCAGCAGCUGCUCCAGCCACCACCAAACCAAACUCCCUGCCAAAGAUGGGACAAAAACCCAUACAGCCAAAGAUAUUUCCUCAGAGGGCCCAGAAAAUCAAUCUCAUCUGUCGUUUCUGUCACAAACGACCGAAAUUCACCAACAACGUGGACUAUAGCAAUCACAUCAUUACCAUGCAUCCCGCCGAGAAACCCUACAACUGUGACUACUGCCCCAAACAUUUCCAAAGGCGUAGCGAACGUCAGGAUCAUGUGGCUCAGGUACACGGUUCGCGCUAUCAAUGUGCCCAGUGUGGUGUGAGUUUUUGUGCCCAGCGUGCGUUGGAUUUUCAUUUGCAAAAAUUCCAUGCAUCAAGCGUGACGUGCGCCAUACCACCGCGUAUAGCAACGGUGGCUCCAACACAACAGCUGAACUCAGCAUCACCAUUGUCGGCAUCUCAGCAACAAAACUCCACCUCUUAUAAUUCGUCGUCGUCAUCGUUGACGGCGUCGUUAAGCGGCACCCAGCAACAACGAUUGGUUAAAACGGCCAACGCCGUUACAAUCGAUGAGGAGGAAACAGUCAAACAACACAACAACAAUAAAUGCCCUGACAUGAUGAAUGAAUCUACAGUGGGUCUCAAGCAGCAGCAGUUUUCACAACCACCAAGGAAAUUAUGUUGUCCCGAUUGCAAUACUGAUGAUGACAGUUGUUGUUCAACAAAAUCUAAUCCAGCCCCGAUUAAUAACCACAAAGAAUGUUAUAAUCAACAACAAAUUGGCGGCCGAGGAAAUCUUCGCUGUGAUGGUGGGGACAAGAACAGCUAUCAAUCACAUUACAACUCACAUUUGGCGGAACAACAAAAUGAAGCCGAAUCCAUUUCAGCUUUGCGGCAUUUCCGUAAAAAUACCAUGAAAUGUAUGGCAGGCAAUAAUUGUGCGGGCAAUAGUAAUUGCAUGGCAUACGGCAACAGUGGCUCAUGCAAUUACAAUAACAACAAUGGUAAUCAGUGUGAUAACUCUUCCGCCACUUCCUAUUCUUGUCAAUUGUGUGAUGAUACCUUCAGUACGGCUCUGGCUUUGCGAAAACAUCGUACCUUAAUGCACAACAAUCAAUGCGCAAUGCCAUUUAUAUGUAAUAUUUGUAAGCGUGGUUUUCGUCUACGCAAUGCCCUGCAGCGACACAUGGAAACGCACGAUGCCGAGGGCAGACCGUAUGAGUGUAAUAUUUGUCAGGUACGCUUUCCACGACCAUCCCAGCUAACGUUGCAUCGUUUGACGGUGCAUAAAUUUGAAAAAUCCCAUCCUUGCCGGGAGUGUGGUAAACAAUUUGGCACCGAGAACGCCUUGAAGGCCCAUCAAAAGGUGGCCCAUGAAGCUAAUUUUAUGCCCUUACCAUUUGCCUGUGUCUACUUGGAGGCUCCGAAAUCACAAAAGGCCAAACUAACUAAAAAUUAAAGUGGGGGUUAUCAAGCAAUAAAUAAUUCAAAAAUGAAUUGAAUUUUACCUGUGAACUCCACUAUGGUAUGCAAACCACCUGUCGUAUCCACUUGAAAGAUUGUGGCCCUCCAUGACGUUCUUUUAAAAACUUUCUAUGACCUCCUAUUUUCCUAAAUGUACUGAAAAGAAUACAAUUAUUUUUGUUAACUAUAAAUGAAAUAUGUAUUUUUAAGUUCUCUUUAGUUUUAUAAAGAAAGAAAUUAUGCCAUAAAUGUAAAACAUUAUUUAGCUUUUAAAAUGUUUUGUUUAUUGCAUUUCAGAUUGAUCCAAUAAUAUUAUUUAAUAGUAUUGUAUUUUUGUAAUAUUAAAAUUACAUAUAUAUGUAGAAGACUUCUUAUAGAUCUUCUAUAUGGCAAGACUUUAUAUAGUUAUAUAAGUAAGUCAUUCUAGAGAUUAUCUAUAGAUGGGAGGUCUGUGGUGAAAAGAAUUUUUGUAAUUGAUCAUCUAGAGAUUGGAGACCUUUUAAAGUUUCGAUGGGUAGAAGAUAUAUCCACAGAAGGUGUCUUUAAAAGCAAAUUAUAUAGAAGCAUUUCAACUGAUUUUCUAGGGAUAGGGGUCUAUAAGUGUGAGACCUUUUAUAGACUUUUUACAGGUCCUCAAUAUGGCAAGACUUUUCAUAGUUAUGUAAGCAAGUCAUUCUAGAGAUUUUCUAUAGAUGGGAGGUCUUUUAUGAAUAGAAUUUUUAUAAUUAAUUUUGGAGAGAUUGGAGACCUUUUAAAGUUUCGAUGGGUAGAAGAUAUAUCCACAGAAGGCGUCUUUAAAAGCAAAUUGUAUGGAAGCAUUUCAACUAUUUUUCUAGGGAUAGGAGUCUAUAAGUGGGAGACCUUCUAUAGACUUUUUACAGGUCUUCAAUAUUGCAAGACUUUAUAUAGUUAUAUAAGUAAGUCAUUCUAGAGAUUUUCUAUAGAUGAGAGGUCUUUUAUGAAAAGAAUUUUCAUAAUUAAUUUUGAAGAGAUUGGAGACCUUUUAAAGUGUCGAUAGGUAGAAGAUCUAUCCGCAGAAGUCCUCUUGAAAAGCAAUUAAUACAGAAGCAUUUCAAUGAUUCUUCUAGGGAUAAAGGACUAUAUGUAGGAGACCUUCUAUAGAUCUUCUAAAUUUUUUAAGUCAUUAAAAAAAUCUUUUAAAAGUCUUAAUGAUCGAUAUACUCUACAAAUUAAACCCUCCUAUAGGAUUACAUAAAAUGAUAAGGCCAUGAUUCUACAGAUCUUAAAAAAAGGUCAUUGAAACAAUUUCAAUUUAUUUCAGAAUUAAAAAUUGUUUUCUAUUUAUAAAAUUUAUUUAGAAAGUAUAUUCUUUGUAGAAGACAUUUAAAAGAGCCUUGAAACACAGUAGGUCUUCUGGCUAUAGAAUGAUACAUGAUAUUUAGAACUUUUUUAUGUAUAAAUCUUGUAUACCUAUGCGAGUUCGAUGAAACAUAUUUAUCAAACAAUAAGAGUAUUUUUAUGAAAGACCAAUUGUAUGUCCACUUUAAGAAUAAAUUGACUUAAAUAUAAGGAAGACCUAUUGAUCUUCUUUUGUCUAACUUAAAACGACAGAAGGUUUUUAAAUGGAACUUCUACAGAUGAAAACCUUAUGUAUAUCUUCAGUGGAUGUGAGUUCUUCUAGAGGUUUUCUAUCGAUAGAAGAUACUUAGCAAAACAUUGAUAUAGGCGAAUUUCUAUUGUUCUUCUAGGGAUAAAAUAAAUUUCAUUGGACCAUAGAUAUUAAAGAACUUCUGUAAGUCUUCAGAAGUAUUUUAUCGAUUUUUUAUAGAGGUAUGAUUAAAGGCCUCCUAUUGGAAUAUUUGGAGAGAAGACUAUAUUUAAUAUCCUCUGUAAGUUUUCUAAAAGUCUUUUAUAGAUCUUGUCUUUUUGGAGGUAUGAUUAAAGGCCUCCUAUUGAAUUAUUUUAAGGGAAGACUAUAUAUAAUUCGAAAGCUUAUAUUAAGACUCCUUGAAAAAAAAUGAAAAUCUGCCUAUUUUUAAAAAUAUUUUUCGAGAAUAUUUUUACAAAAUAUUUUGUAUUUUCAAAAUUAUAUGAGAACAGACAACCUUAGAAUUUGUUCCAAUAUGACGAUACAAAAGCUAAUACGAUUCCAAAUGAUAUUCACAUUUUCUUUAACUAAAAAAAUUUAAAUGUUGAAAAAUUUGGAAUGGGGUUUUCCAUUCGCAUUCGGGUAUCGUCAAAGAGAAACAGAUCCUUAUUUGUUGAAAAAUAUAAACUUCCAGUUAAAAAAGAAAAAAAGUGAAUCAAACAAAAAAGUGAAUAGAAAAAGUGAGGCAAUCUUUUCUAUUUGGUUUAAGCUCCAUUUUCCGAAUUGCAUUUUUAGAUAAAGGUACGGUAACAUCGGCAGAGUGGUCAAGGAAUAUUCAAUCCAGGAAACUUGAAUAAUAAUAUGUACAUUUUGUGCAUUAUCUAAAUAAAAAGCAAUAUAUACAUACCAAUGUAUAUACGCAUAAAUUUCAUUAAAAAAAAGAAAGAAACCCAAUAAUACAAAAACAGAAUAGAAAAUCUCAACACCACAUAGAGCACUAAAUACACAUAUACAAAAAGAAAUAUUAAACCAAUAUGUUAUACACACAUGAAAUAUACAAAUAGUUUUAAAACAACAUUAUUUUUAAUAACCAAAAAUACAUUAGUAUAGACUUAAAUAUAAUACAACAUGUGAGAAUUGCAAAAUAAAAUCAAAAAUGAAAAUCCAAAAUAUACUUUAAGAGAUAACCUUAAAUAUUUGAAUAUGUAUGAACCAAUACCCACAGUAAGAAAUGAUCCAAAAAAUUGUACGUAGUAUAUAAACUAAGUGAUAUUAAAAACAAAAAAAAUAUAUAUACACUAAAAAUAUUUUAAUAUUAAAAAUACAAACAAUAAACCCUAUACAAUAAGUUACAAUAAUUAUAAGUAGAACAUAUAUUUAGACUACCAAAUAAGUAGUAAAAAAGAUUUAUAAUUUUAUACCAGCCUAUCUAUGUUAAAGCAAAACCCAAUAAUUAGUUCUAAACAAUUCAUUCUGAGUCUGAAUUUUAUAAAAAAAAAAAAACAAAUAACAACCGAUAAGAAAUAAGUAAUCUCUGAUGGCGUAGAAUAUGCCUUGGCUCUCAAAUAAAGAAAAAUUUACUUGAUAAUUAUUAUAAA